GGCUGGGCAGUGGGCGGAGGCACAUCAGGCUGGGCAGCGGACAGAGGCACAUCAGGCUGGGCAGCGGGCAGAGGCACAUCAGGCUGGGCAGCGGGCAGAGGCACAUCAGGCUGGGCAGCGGGCAGAGGCACAUCACGCUGGGCAGCGGACAGAGGCACAUCAGGCUGGGCAGCGGGCAGGGGCACAUCAGGCUGGGCAGGGGGCAGAGGCACAUCAGGCUGGGCAGGCGGGCACCGGCCAUCAGGCGAGGCAGCGGGCACCGGGCCAUCAGGUGAGGCAGCGGGCACCGGGCCAUCAGGUGAGGCAGCGGGCACCGAGUCAUCUGGCAUGACAGCAGGCACAAGUCAUCUGGCAGAACAGCGGGCACGAGUCACCAAGCUCAUCAGCGGGCACCGAGUCAUCUGGCACGACAGCGGGCACUGAGUCAUCUGGCACGACAGCGGGCACCGAGUCAUCUGGCAGAACAGCGGGCACCGAGU